UGGUCACACUUCGUCUCAUUAGCAUGAGGAGCUGUAUAAACCCCGCCGCCACUGCAGAAUUUUGAGCUGUGUUGAAGGCAAGGCAACAAGCGUAUCUGACUGGCUGCGCGUAAGGAGCAAGUAACUUUCACUUUCAGCACAGUUCAGUUCAUAAAAGCGGAGGGAGCUGCAUGGAGAGCUCGCUCCAGAGGUGAACUGCGCGCAACUGCUUUGGCACACAAUGAGGCUGCUUACCGAGGGAGCAAGGAAGAUGAUGGGGGGCAAAUUUAUAACUUAUUGCCACCGGUGGAUUUUUAUACUCUCACUCCAUCAAUUUUUAUUCGCCUCUUGGGCUCUGUCCGAAGGAAAUACUAUCCGAUACCAGACUAACGAGGAGGACGCACCAGGUACGGUCAUUGGAAACCUCGCCAAGGACAUGUCCUUGAGUCUGUCUCAUUCCUCCAAGACCAAUUUCAGGAUGAUGAAACAAUUCAACGACUCAUUCAUCAGGGUAAGGGAGAGCGACGGGGAGCUGGCUGUCGGGGAACGAAUUGACAGGGAGAGGAUCUGCAGACACACUCCACAGUGUGUGAUCACUUUUGACGUGGUUAAUUUCUCCAAAGAUCGCUACAAAUUGAUUCACGUUGAAGUGGAAAUAAAGGACAUCAAUGACAACUCUCCGGAGUUUCCAAACAAGGAAUCCGUGGUGGAGAUCUCAGAGAAUGCAGCAGUUGGCUCCCGCAUCCCUUUGGACCCAGCUGCGGACGCAGAUGUCGGGUCAAACUACAUCCAAAGCUACCAAAUUUCUGUUAAUAGUCAUUUCACCAUUGAUGUGCUCCUGAGAGCGGAUGGGGUUAAAUAUGCGGAAUUGGUGCUAAUGAAAGAGCUAGACAGGGAGACUCAGUCAUCAUACACUGUGGAGCUGGUCGCCACAGACGGAGGGAACCCGUACAGAUCGGGGUCAACAAAGAUAACUAUCAAAGUGACUGACUUCAACGACAAUAGUCCCGUUUUUGACCAGAACAGCUUCUCUGUCAGUUUGCCAGAGGACGCACCGGUUGGCACAGUGAUCCUGGACUUGAACGCAGUGGAUGCUGAUGAGGGGUUAAACGGGGAGGUCGUUUACGGGUUCGGGAAGCAGGUUUCUCACGAGAUCCGAGAACUUUUCCGAGUGGAUAAUAAAUCGGGUCGCCUGACGCUCAGGAGCCCCGUGGAUUUUGAGGACAAAAGCACCUAUGAGCUGGACGUGCAGGCGACUGAUCUGGGACCCAACCCGACCCCCUCCGUGUGCAAAAUCAUCAUCCACGUCACCGAUGUUAAUGACAAUGCCCCGGAAAUCAGCAUCACCCCGAUGACCUCCAUCACGACGGGCAUCGCGCACAUCAGCGAGGCGGCGGACAAGGACAGUCUGGUGGCGCUCAUCAGCACCCUGGACAGAGACUCUGGAGUCAACAGCCAGGUCCACUGCACCCUGUACGGCCACGACCACUUCAAACUCCGCCAGGCGUACGAGGACAGCUACAUGAUAGUGACAGCAGCAGCUCUGGACAGGGAGAGGAUCAGUGAGUAUAACCUGACGGUCAUAGCUGAGGAUUUGGGGUCACCUCCACUGAGAAAAAUCACCCAGUACACCAUCAGGCUCAGCGACGAGAACGACAACGCCCCUCACUUUGCCAAAGCUGUGUAUGAAGUUUCAGUGGUGGAAAACAAUGCCCCGGGCGCUUAUAUCACCACAGUGGAGGCCAGUGAUGCUGAUCUGGGCAACAAUGGGAAAAUUACUUACAGACUGGUGGACAGUGUCAUCAUGGGCUCCCCAGUGAACACCUUUGUGUCUCUUAAUUCAGUGUCUGGCUCCAUAUAUGCCCUGAGAAGUUUCAAUUAUGAAGUGAUGAAACAGCUAGACAUACACAUUCAAGCCAGCGAUGGGGGGUCACCACAGCUGCAGAGCACAGCUGUCAUCAGAUUAAAAAUAGUUGAUCAGAAUGACAACCAGCCCUCUAUCAUAGAGCCCCCCCUGUACAAGGGAUCUACUGAGGUUUUCCUGCCCAAAGAUGCACCUGCAGGUUAUGUGGUAACCCAGAUAAAGGCCACAGAUGCUGAUGAAGGCAUAAAUGCACAGCUGUCCUAUAAAAUCACCGAGGGGGGACACCUGGGUUUCUCCAUCAACAAAGACACUGGGAAGGUGCACGUGAGCCGACAGCUGACGUAUGAUCUCGCAGACAGUGUCAAAGUCACGGUGUCGGUCAUCGACAGCGGAUCCCCAGCGCUCACCUCCACAGCCAUUAUUCACUUCAGCUUCAUAGAAGGGACUCUGCCUAGUUUGCCUUCCUUGGCUGAAAAUGGCAGCGAGGAGCUCUUUGAAUGGGACAUGUCCAUAGCCAUAAUCAUUGUCCUGGCAGGGAGCUGCUCUCUCCUCUUGCUGGCUAUCAUCCUCAUCACAACCAUUUGCAGCCGACGCAAAAAGGAGACGAGGGAAGCGGAUGACAAAGAAGACUUACCGAAUGUGGAGAAAGUGGAAAGUGGUCAUAUUGAUUCAUUGAUUGCCAACCACAAAGGGAAAGUGUUUGAUACCCAUCCAUUUCCAGAGAAACCUCCAAUGGCCGGCAGCAACACAACAGAGGCAGGCUGUGAGGACGGCAGGCAGACAGCAGGCAUCUUUGAGUCAAACAGCAGGGUGAUGGAGGGUAAACUAAAGGGUUAUUCUACACUGCCAGGAUAUGGGAAAGAAACUGUCAGGCCGAUAACAAUAUGGAAGGGCAAUUCAUUCACAACAAUCUCAGCAAGAGAUCCCCACAUCAGUGGCAAGGACAGUGGAAAAGGGGACAGCGACUUCAAUGACAGCGAUUCAGACAUAAGUGGAGAUGUGCACAAAAAAGAGUCGCCACCCACCAACAGUCUCUGGGCAUGUACAAGUGAGUGCAAAGUGCUGGGACACUCGGACCGAUGCUGGAGCCCUUCGGCUACAAGGCCCAACACGAGCAUGGCCUGUGGACCACAUCUGUCGACGUUCUCCAAGACAGCUUCACUUCCCCGGGACACCAGGAGGGAAAACUACUACCCAGCUCACAUACCCAAAACCAACGGUCUGCAAAGUGUGUACGAAAAGGUUCAGCACCAGGAGUUUGAUUAUAUCCUUGUUGGUCCACCAACUCCAGCCAGAAUACAAGAAACGGAUGAAAUUUCCAUCCCAGAGUACACAAACUCUUAAAAUGGCUUAGAUGAAAGAUCAAAUGGUCAUUAAAAGGAGGUUCUGUCUUUCUACUGUACAGUACUUUUAUCUUAAUUGACUCUGUUGGAUUGUUGCAGUGUUUUGUAGUAUGUCAUGUGGCUCAUAUAAGACUGUUCAUUGUAUCAUGUGUAAUAUGCAAGAUUUUCUACAUUGAUAAUAUAUUUUUCAUAAUGAUUCAGUGUAAAAAGGAAUUUUAUUAUGGAUUUUUAAGAGCAUGUGUUACUAUUUAAGGGGCAUGACCUAUGGACAUUUAGGCUGCUAAAGGGCCUUUCUGCUGUGGAAAACAAUCAAUAUGAAAGAUUGCCAUGUUUGUGGUAGAUUUUAUCACACUGUUGCACAAAUAAACAUUUAAAAGCAAA